UUGCAUAAGCAGCCUCUCUACAAGUGUUGUAUUUUGACGACCUUUGUAGAUUAUAAAAGUGUUUGGUUGCGGCCUUAUUUGCACCCCUGACUCGACCCAGCUGGCUACUCAGGUACACUCAGCCCACUCAUUUCUUAACUUUCCCAACUCACUUGCCUCGACUUCUCUGAUAACUCUUUCUUUGGUCCUAUACCUUCUUCCAUUUCAUCUCUUUCAAACCUCCAAACCCUCUCUCUCCAAUCCAACUCGUUCUCUUGCUCGCUCCCUGUAUCUAUUACCAACCUUAAAUCUCUUGACUCGUUGGACCUUUCUCAUAAUUCUCUAACUGGGUUUCUUCCAAACUCAAUCAACUCGCUUUUGAAUUUGAGACGACUCGAUUUGAGUUACAACAAACUCACUGGGUCACUCCCACCAAACUUGCUUGAACUCGCUCUAAAGCACAAUUCUUUAUUUGGGUAUCUCUCAAACUCGUCUUUUGACGGGUUGACUAUCAGUUGGAAGGGGUGGAAGUGGAACUCAGCAAAUACUCAUUCACGGGGACACUACAAGCUUGGUUCGGUACUUGCCUGUGAAUUUCGUUAGCUAUCCUCUGUUAGCGUCUCUGAAUAAUGAGUUCUGUCAAAGCUAAACCAGCCACGCAGUGCCACGUGGUGGCCAUGCCUUAUCCAGGUCGCGGCCACAUCAACCCCAUGAUGAACCUAUGCAAAACACUUGCUUCGAAAAACAGCAAUAUCCUCGUCACCUUCGUUGUCACCGAAGAAUGGCUCGGUUUCAUCGGCUCCGAUCCUAAGCCCGACAACAUUCGCUUCGGCACAAUUCCUAACGUUAUCCCAUCAGAGUUAGUCCGCGCUGCUGACGUUUACUCCUUCACCAAAGCUACCAGGACGAAGUUGGAAGCUCCAUUUGUGCGGCUCCUUGAUCAGCUUGAGCCUCCGGUUACAGUUAUCGUGGCUGAUACUUUUCUUUUCUGGGCAGUUGGAGUUGGGAACCGAAGGAAUAUUCCGGUGGCAUCGUUUUGGCCUAUGUCACAGUCCAUGUUCACCAUCAUGCAACAUGCGGAUCUUUUAGUCAAAAAUGGCCAUUUACCAGCUGACUCAGCAAAAUCCAAGGAGCAUGUAGAUUACAUCCCUGGAAUUUCUUCCAUACAAUUAGUGAAUAUUCCUUUUGAUUGGACAAACCAACAAACGAUGCAAAGGAUUCUCGAAGUUCUUCCAUGGGUAAACAAAGCACAAUAUCUCUUACUAACUUCCAUUUAUGAGCUCGAAUCCAAAGUAUUUGAUGUUCUAAAAGCAAAAUUCUCAUUCCCGGUAUAUGCUAUGUGUGAAAUCGUACCUAACUUUGAUUUUGGUGAAAACACAAACCACAAUGACAACAACUAUUUACAUUGGCUAGAUUGCCAACCUAGAAGUUCCAUUCUGUAUGUUUCAAUGGGAAGUUUUCUUUCAGUUUCUAUUGCCCAAAUGGAUGAAAUUGCAGUUGGUUUGCGUGAUAGUGGUGUUAGAUUCUUUUGGGUGGCGCGUGAUGAGACUAGCAGAUUGAAAGAGCUUUGUGGUCAUUUAGGAUUAGUAGUACCUUGGUGUAAUCAAUUGAGGGUCUUAUCUCAUUCUUCUGUUGGGGGCUUUUUGUCACAUUGUGGGUGGAGUUCCACUCGAGAAGGAAUGUUAUGUGGUCUUCCUUUUCUUACAUUUCCCAUAGUCUUUGAUCAAAUCUUGAAUAGUAAACUAAUUGUGGAGGAUUGGAAAACUGGGUGGAGGGUGAAGCAAGAUAUGGGAAUGGAUAAUUUGGUGACAAGAGUGGAAAUAUCAAGGCUAGUGCAGAAAUUUAUGAAUUUGGAAAAUGAUGAAGGGAAAGAAAUUAGGACAAGAGCAAGCGAAUUUCAACGGAUGUGUCAACAUGCAAUUGCAAAAGGAGGAUCAUCUGAAACCAGCAUCAAUGCCUUCAUCCAGGACCUUUCACAUUGCAUGGUUAUUGAGUAGAAAGUAACUUUUUUGUUUUGCAUGACCAUAAAAUGUCAUGCCUUCUUCACAGUUAUCUAUGGAGUUUUCAAGACCUUAAGCUUGAUAACAGUAAAAAAAAAAAUAAAAUAAUAAUGAGCCAAAUAGGUUGGACUUACAACUACUUUGUUAGUAAAGUACCAGUGGCCUAUUGAAGGUCUUUGUAAUAAUAAUCUUUGUUUUUUAAUUGCAAACUUACUCUUCUUUCUUU